AUGGCAUCUAAGAAAUCUAAACAGGAGGAGGCUCUCAAAUUUCUCGACGAUCUUGAUUCUUUCGCACCGCCACCUGAGGUAGCCAGCGCCGACAAUGGCUCACAACCAGCGGCAGGAGCACCUGGGUCAGGAAACGAAGGAGAGGCUGCUGAAGUCCUUGCUUUUCUUGACGAGAUUACUCAAAAGAGCACAGAACCAACAAGAGCCACCACUGCUCACAUCUCUCGCUCUGGCACACCAACGCUGAGAAAGAGUACCGAACGUGUGCGGUUGGGAGGGGGGUCCUCCCUGCUUCCAUCAGCAUCUUCAUCCACCUCUUCGUUGAAUAGAACCGCGAGUUCCGAUGCUCAACGUGCGAGGGAGAAAUCUGAAUCUACGACUUCUGUUCAAUCCCAAGCCCAAGCGAGCUCAGGGGGAUGGGGAUGGGGAUCAGUGUGGUCAUCUGCUUCUGCAGCCAUUCAACAGGCCAAGACGGUUGUUGAUGAGCAAGUGAAACAUCUACCAAAGAACGAGCAAGCUCGGAAAUGGGGAGAAGGGGUCAUAGAAUAUGCGAAGACUGCGCAACUUGAUAAAUUAGGUCAAGAUUUCAAGCGUGUCGGUCUCUCUACCCUAACAGAUAUUCUCAACGUCGUCGCUCCUCCCAUCUCUGAACAUGAAGUCAUUCAGGUUUGGUUAAGCCAUGAUAUGCAAGGAUAUGAAGGUAUUGAACCUCUGGCCUAUCGCGCUCUUGCUAGGAUCUUGGAACAGGUAGAGGGUGGGGACCUUGUGGUAAAUCGAGGCAACGAAUCGCGACCUAAAGAAGGAAGUGAAGGACGUGACCUAAAUACAGUAGACGGCUACGAAGCAGCGCUGAAGCUUGCUCAGGUAAACAUCGAAGAUGUGAUCAAGAAAAAUGACAAAGCGACGUCCACGACUAAGAAUUCAGCGAAUGCCACUACAUAUUCCCAUGUAUAUCUCCGGAUUCAACCAUUUUUCUCUACCCUUUCGCAGCCACCUACGAAAUCCGAGACGAAGCAAGAACCAUCUCAAUACCUUCAGUUCCUUAUCUAUCUCGAUGACCCGGAGCAUAAGCUCACCCACGUUACAGUUACUCAGGCUGUCCCAAGCAAAUGGAUUGCCCUGUGGGAUGAAUAUGACUGGGUCGAGGACCUGAUUGCCGACUCGUUGAGGAUCGGGGUGGAGGUCAUUGGGCAAGAAUAUGUUGUUGAACGAAUGGGGUGGGCCUCCAAAGCUGAUAGUUUGAACGAAGAACCAGCGAGCACUGACUCGACUGAAGACAAAGCAGAAGGGUCGACAAUCGCUGUGUAA